AUGUCGAGAAUGGAUGGAUAUUUAAACCCAAGUGCAAUAAAUUAUGAGGAUCGUGAUGCAAAACCGAGUCCUCAUUUUCAAAAACAGAAUCAAGAUGUGAACAGCAGUGAUACAUAUUUAGAUAUGCAAAAUCAGAACCCGAAACCAAAAUCUCAAAAUCAUAUGAGCAACAUUUCUCCAACAAGCCAAGAUGGCUACUUAAAUCCACAUCCGUCACAACAUGGACGAAAAGAAAAAGACGCCUCAAACUCAAAUAUUUUCAAUUUACGAAUCUCUCCUAAACCUGACGAAAUCUUACAUCCUCGAAACUCAGAUCAAAAUCAAAAUAUUCCGCCAAAUAACAGACCAACGAAUCAUCAACCUUCCCAGAAUUCUUACAUCAAUGACCAUCAUGCACCAUUUCAGACUUCCGCGUAUUUAAAUCCUCAUCCGACUCAGUAUGAUCUUGAACGCCAGCAACGCAUAAAUUCUGGAAAAACUAGAUUUGAUUCAGGUGUUGGUGAUUUAGAAAUGAACAAUGUUUCUCCGUUACCUCGUAAUUCAAAGGCGUAUGAAUACAUGGAUUCUCCAAAUCAUUAUGAAGAAGUUCCCACAUUACAAAGACAACCACCUGAUUUACUAGUAGGAAGACCACCUGUAAAUGAUUUAAUCAUAACACAAAGUACAGAUGAUACUGAUGAUAAUACUACAGUCUUUAGAUCUACUACCAAAAGGAAAUAUACCAAUCCACUGUACUCGAGAAUGGUGAGCGUGGCAUCAAGUUUUUUCUCUGAUGAUAAGACUUCCUCCAGUCCAGUAAAACAGGUGGAUCAUUUAGAAAAACAGGUGUGCUGUCAGUGUGUGUUGAUCUUGAUACUAUUAAUAGUAACACUGGGUUCCACAGCUCUGUGUGUUUAUCUGAUGAUCCAAUCAGAAACCUACGUGAGCACUAAUGAACUGUUAUUAAGGAUACAAAAACUUGAAGGAAAUAUGCACAAAAGUUCUGCUCUGAAAGGGAAUAUAUCUGGUGGUGUGGAUUAUAAUUUACAACAAAUCUCGAUGAAUCGAGACCAAAUAGAAUUCACGUAUAAAAACUUAUCGUCUCAACUAAACAGUAUUACUGAUAAUCUUCAACAACAGAUUGAUAAUGUCUCUAAAAUGGAGGGUCCACCAGGAGUGGGGAAUCUAACGGCAUGUUUUUAUAAAAACUUGACAUCCAGUAGUAUAGCUAGUGGUUUUAGUUCAACAACGUCAUACGGCCCUUCUUUAACUGAUUUGGAUACUAAUGUGAUUAUGUCAGCAUCGUGUUUAGUAGUUGGAGGUUUGAGAGCCAAGUUAGAAAUAAACUUUACAGAUGAUAAACUACAGUACAGGUGUAGAUGUGAAGAAAAAAUACCUGGUGCUAAAACUAGAAUUUGUACUUUACACAUGUUAUUGUGUCCUAAAUUUUCCUAAUUAACUGGAGCUCAACGCAUGCUGCUAAUGCGUGUUUUGGAGAAACAAUCCUCAUCAGGACAGCUUACUUAGAAUGGUGGUCAACUUUCUAAAUUUGGCCUUUAGGCUUAUGAGCGGAGUAACCUAAUUCAUUUAACAUGUGUUAAUAUCCUGAAUACUUUUAAUUGACAAGAGCUCAUCUCAUGCUGGUGACAUGUAUUUACUGACACAUGUUUUGUGUUUCUAAAUAUUCUAAACUAGAGCUCAUGUAAUUCAUUCAAUGUGUGUUGAAUCCAGAAUACUAUCAAUUGACUUGAGCUUGUCUCAUGUUGCCGGCACUCGAUUUGGAUCCAGAAUAUUCUGAAUCGACUAGAGCUCAUUUUAUGCUGCUGACACACGUUUUCGAUCCGAAAUAUUAUUAAUCGACUAGAGCUCAUUUCAUACUGCUGACACAUGGUUUGGAUCCAAAAUAUUAUUAGUUGACUCAUCUAGAGCUGGUCUGAUGAUGCUUAAAAAGAUAUAAAUACAGUAAACUCUUUUAGAACAGAAAUAAAUAGCAUGG